AUGUUGCGGUUCAGGUUCAAGCACAACUGGGGCACCGCGGAGAAGCUCUACAAGUCCGAGGCCAUCGACUCCUUCGGCAACAAGUACCUCCUUGGUGUCUACGAGACCGUGAAGGAGGCCGAGAAGGCCUUCGACGAGUGGAACAAGGAGCACCUUGGAGCUGAGCCUUCUAAGUACGAGCAAGCCGGCGCUGAUGUCAAGGAGUCCCUCAGUGGCUGGGCCAAGCAGCAGGAGGCGGCUCUGGCCGAAGACCAGGACGAGGUGGACCGCCUCCGAAAGGCCCUGGAAGAAGCACGCCGUUGA